GAGUAUGCCUUUGUUCACUUGUGUGUCACUCCUCAGAUAUCCGAACUCUUAGCAGAAUUUGAAUUUUUAUAUUGUAGUUUGAAGCCUUUCUCUUCAAAUUUCUUUGAAUUCAGUGGAAUUAAAGAAAGAGAAAUGUACCUUGGAAUGCGUAACAACAAAUGGGUAGAAUGCAUGUCAAAAACAGACAUUUAUAAGGCUUCAUUUAUUGUGCAAGUAUAGAGAAACAUCAGAGCAUGAAUAACACUUGAGUAUUGCCCUUAGUUCACUGCCCUAUAGGCUUGAAUCAAGGAGUUACCAGCACUGGUGCUGGUAACUCCUUGCUUGAACUACCGACAAUAACGAGCUAGUGUUAUGUUACAUUCAAAAUGAAGAUUCAUUUUACAGUUAGCAAACAUGCAUUUCAUUAUUUUAACCAUGAUCCCGGAGGUGGCAGCAAGGACAAGUUCUCGCUGACGAUAGAACUAGAAGGCAGCAAAGAAACGCUACGACUACCAGCUCGUAAGGAUCAUGAUCUCAAAGAGGUUUUAGAGGAGACUUUGAGUAAGAAGGGUUUGACGCUAGAUGACAUCGAAAUCUACAUCAACAAUACCAGCUCCAACCCCCUUCCCAAGACCGACAAGGGCCUGAGGGUACCCACGGAACCCCUUGGGGGUCUAGAAGUCUUUAUCAAACCUGCUAAAGAGAAGACGGGGCUGGAAACGUGUCCGGUACCAUCGACGAAGAAGAAGAAGGAUCUGUCGGCUUUCCUCGGAGUCAAGGACGAAGUCAGUACAAAGGCACAGAUGGAUCCUAAAUUAAUAAAACUCCAGAAUGAGCUGGACCACUACCUAGUACAGGGCCUACCGGGCUUCCCUCCGCUUCUGUCCCUUCAGUACCAGAGGAACGAGAAUGAAGACCCUCAAAUCCUGUACAUGGAGAGUUCGUGGAAAGACUUGAUUGAUAUCGACAUCAGGAAUUCAAUGAGCAAGAAAGCCAAAGAGCUCCAAGAGGGUAUCUGGGAACUCCUAGCGACGGAGGCAAAAUAUAUCAAACAGAUCAGGGUUAUCAUAGAUUUAUACAUGUGCUGUCUACUGAAUCUCCAAACAGAGGCAAUAUUAAAUGAGAUUGAGACAGAGAAAAUCUUCAGCAAUAUCACGGUGCUAGAGCUGGCUCACACAAAGUUCUGGAAAGAGAAUCUUCUGAAGAUUGUUGAGAAAGCAAGGAACAGCGGUAAACCGAUGGAUCCCCUUGACAUCGCUACAGCUUUUGAAGAUUUCACCGAUCAGUUCACAGCGUACUUCAAGUUCUGUGCUGAGGAGGACAGUUGUGUGCAUUAUGUCAGGGAAAAGAGACAGGAGAACAAUAUACUCAGGGCGUUCUUUGAGUGGUGUGAGGGGCACAACAUCACAAGGCAGAUGAGGCUACGGGGUCUAGGGGAUCUCCUGAUCUACCCCAUGCAGAGAGUCACCAAGUAUCACCUGAUGAUAGAUAGGGUCCAGAAGAACUGUGAGGAUGAGGUAGCAAAGGCCGCCCUCAAGAAAACGUUUGAUAACAUCGUCGAUUUUGUGACCCACAUCAACCACGAGAUCAAGAAAGAGCAGGAGCGGAAAAAGAUGGAAAAGGUAGCGGGAAUUCUGGACGGCUACGAAGUCUCCAACGCCCCGACGGGUUGCGAUGAACUGAGCAGGUUAGUGGAGGCCCAUUCGAUGUUUGAUGUGCGGAAACCUAUGCCUUACGCAAGCCAGAUUCAUCCAAGAUGGCUUCUUUUACAAGGUUCCCUCAAGCUUCAAGAAAAGUCAGGCAGAUCAACACUUUAUGCAUUCCUCUUCACCGAUGCCUUAGUGCUCGCGAAGCAAAGCGGUAAGACAGGAGAGAAAUACAGGGUCGUCAGGUCACCGAUGAGGGUCGACCAGCUCGAGGUCAUUGAACUCAAAGAUGGAACUGGUUUUGCCGUCUUGUGUGUGGAUGACUACAACUGUGCAAUGACUGGCUUUGUGGCAUGGCCAGAAAAGGAGAAGACGGUAGCCAUAUGGAUGGAAAAGAUUAGCCAGGCAAAGGAUCUCUACAACAAGUGCUGCAGUAUAGACGACGACGUCGAGUACUUCGAUGAAAUCCAGACAGACGAUCCUCAGACGCCCAUCGUGGCAUUGAUGGAGGACCAUCAUCUGCAUCCUCAGAGUGGGUUUAGUUACAGUAGCUCACCGAUGACCAGCCCGCAUCAGUCUCCGCAGAUGGAACGCUCCAAUCGCUGGAGUUCCAACAGUCCCUCCAGUCAUGGUUCCAGUAGCAGCCUUCAGAGAAUGGCAGAGGAGGAAGAGUUCGCUGUCCAUAACGGUGACAAGAAACCGAUCAUGAACGGCACCGGUGUCCAGGAAAACAAUAGCAAUAAUCAGAGCAUCGGGCAACCGGAUGCCGUUCCCCCGAAAGUGGCACCUAAGACGUUGCCCAGACCCAACCUCAAACCCCCACUGACUAAACACACCGCUUACCGGGAAACGGACUUCCCAAGUGACAGUUCACUCUUAAGUAGUAUCGUGCCUGAGAUACACUCGGAAGAAAACAAAUCCGGUUUGAUCACGGUGAUGCGCCGUCUGUCCACAGGGUCCCCGCCCGAGGAACUGCCGCCAAAGUCGCCUAUGAUGUCGCCAAAGGGGCGUAUCAUAUCUUUCGAGAGCUCCGAUGAGGACGACGAAGGAGAGAGACCGGGGCAGACGACGGAUAUCUACUUUCAGCCUCCUAAAAGCAAAAAGGACGCAUCGCCUAAACGGCAAAAAGGAACAGUUAUAUCGGCAACGCCUGCCGUGAACAAGCACCACAGACCCAGUAUGCCGAACAUCCACGUCUUGGAGAAAAAGGAAAAUAAGUCAAAUGGAGAAGGCACGCUGAAAAAGAAAAAGCCUUGGGGAAAGCUGCAGUCGAGUAAAAUCAAACUAUGAUAGUCUACUACCUCCAGACCCGACAGUAGCAUGAUGUCCGUCAGCGGCCUCACACCUAGUCUCAUCGCUUUGCUUGCAUGCUUGGUCACACACACACUCACCAAACCCCGAUAAUUCAGUUUGGUUUAAUAUUUUAUUUUUGUCAUUCCAUCUAGUCAACCUACUUGUACUGUAAAUGCAGUAGCGUCGGAACAUUACUCUGAUCAGUUAAGGCUUGGGAGGGGAAAAGCACUGUGUUAACAAAGGCUCAACCCCUAGACCUUAACCUGAAUAUAAUGUUCCUACAUCACUGUUUGAAUUAUAUCUUGAUUUCUUGGUGCAUCAGAAUAUCUUAGCAUACACAAAAAGCAAAAAAAAAAAGAAGAUGAAUAAUAAUAGAAUAAAGGAAAAUAAAAUAAAUGUAUUUGGUGUCAUUCAUGGUUUAAUUCUACAAUCGAUUCUUUCCCAUGAAUAGCAGCAUAAAAUAACUUGGACCUGGAUCCCAUAACACAAAGGUUAGCGAUUAAUCGUACGCUUGAUUUUCACAAUUGAUUGUACAUUGUAGUCAAUGCAAUCAAUCAUAGAAAAAUGUUCUACGAUCAUUGCUAAGCUUUGUGUUACAGGCCCCAAAACUGACUAGAAAUGUAUUUUCACUGUCAGUUUGGUGUCAAACUUUUUACAUUCACAUUAUUUUGAUAACGUGCAUAUCUCAACCGCAGCAUCAAAAUAAACACAUGGGACCAUGUAUCCCUCAGUAUUGCAAACUCUGCCUUUUCAUCAGUUUCACAUUUAACUAACCUGAUGUCACUCACUUUUGCCAGCAUCUCCAUUGAUUUUAUUUGAUUAAGGAAGUGCUUACCAGAAAUCAAGAUUUUAUUUUAGUAUGUUGGUGACAGAAAUUAAAGCCUCCAUUCAAUCAUGUUUCAAUUUUUUUUUUGCAUGAUUUUGAAUCUGUGUCUUUUUCCAUUCAGUAUAUGGUGCAGUCUAAAGACCUGUCUAACCGAUCGAGAUGCACAACUUCGGCGCGUUUCAUCAAACUUGGGAUGAUAACAAAUUUGCAAUAACACUUUUAAAGCUACUGAAAUGAUUCAAUUUGAAUGGCUGAGAGUAAACUUGUGACAGAAAUUGUGCAUUUUUUUAGUAUAACAAGUCUUUAUGAAUUUGGUCCUUUGUCUUUACAGACAAGUGGUCUCAACGCGCAAGGGGCCGAUGUAUACGGUCUUUGUAUGCAGGGAUCUUUCUGUGCAGUUGGUCACUACAUCUGUGGCUUAUUUCGUAAAGACUUCUUAUAAUAACCAUUGCACAAUUUUCAUGACGAUUUUAUGAUCAGCCAGUCACAUUGAAUGAAAUAGGCAGCUUUAAACUCUUAAUGCAGUUUCAUUAUUGUGACAGGUUUUAUGAAACAGGGCAUGUUUUGGCUGCACCAAUGUACUAAAGACCACAGACGUGAUCGUUGUUUAGUUUUAGAGAAAUAUGCUACUUUAGAAAGUUUGAGUGGUAGACUUCCUAACAAAACUUGUCUGUUUACUGUAAAUAACAAUAACAACAUGUUCUGAAAGUAACUGUCGUAAAUUGCCAGUAGAAAUGCCCCCCAAAAAAGAGGGAGUAAGAAAACUCAACACAUUUUGGUGCUUAUAACAGAUGCAUCAUUGCAUCUGUAGCUCCAGCACUAUGAUACAGAUAUAUUAGUGAAUAUUUACAUAUAUUUGAAUUUAAAAUGAAUGAAUCUGAUCAGAUUUAAUUUUUAAUGUAUAAAUUAGACAAAUACUCUUGUUUAUUUGAAAUUAUUUAUUUCUAAAAAUUCAGAAAUUUUGUUUUCAGUCACACCCCUCUGCAACCCCCCCCCCAAUAAAUUUUACUUCUAUUCUUGAUUGAAUAAUCAUACAAAAAUGUUUUUAUAUGAAUGAAAAGGUCUGGAUUCCUAAGACACAGAGCUUAGCAAAUAGUUAUCGAUGCAAUUAGUCAUUCAACUCGAUCCUACCAUUAGUUGCUCAGCUGUGUGUAACGAGUUUAGAUGCGAAAGAAAUUAUCGACUCUUGGUCUUACAUAUACAUGUACAUGACACAAUAAAAUUAACUUAUAUCCUUACAGACAUCAUUGAUGCAUUUACUGAGUAUAUAUCUUUAUCCUAAUCAUGUAAUAAUUUGUGUAGUAAUGAUAUUUUUGAAUAAUAUAAUUUCUCAUAUUUUCCAUUUUGCAUUCUUUGUGGCAUAUUUGCCCCUCUGCUUAUUAUAUACAAUAUAAUUUGUUUUUAAUAAUUCUGUUUCCUCAACAAAUGCCAUACUUAUUUGACAUUGACUGGCUUUGAGGGAGAUACCACAUAAAAUUAUAUUUCAUUAAGCAUUCUCAUGUUGCCCAAGUCAUGACAAGGGCGUUAUGGGUCUUGUGAGUGAAACAUAUGAAUGAUAUACAUGUAUAUCUUCCCCCCAAAAUGCCAGUCGAUGUUCAUAUUAUCAUUACCUACAGCUGUAUAAUGUGUAAGUCAAGCUUUUGUUGUAGCAAUUAAUUCAUAUUCCUGUUUGCCUGUCCUGCUUAUUAUUUCAGGUUAUUCGUUCCCUGGCUGAGCAAUUGUGAUGUAAUUUGUUAUUUUGCAAAAAAAUAGGUCUUUCUGAAGGAAAAGUCUUUAAUUGAUUUUAAUCACAUUUGCAUCGCCAAAAAUAUUAACACAUUCACAUCAUGUCCUCAUUCCCCCCACUAAAAAGAAAUAAAAUCAAUAUAAUAGUAUUAACUUAUUAUGUAGAAAAUAUUAAAAAAUUGUCAUUGUAGAGAUAAAGGUUUUUAUUUUUCAAUCAUAUUUUACAUGGCAAAUUGGCAACAAAUAUUCAAAACUUUUUCUUGAUCAUUUCUCCGCAAAUCAUGCCCUCAAUAUUUUCUUCCCCUUUCAAUCUUCAUUCUAUUAAUUUUGAUUAUGUUUACAAUAUGGUGAAUAUGUGCCUCUUUUCAUCAGGUUGUUAUGGUAACACAAGGUUCAAAAAAUAAUUUUAAAAAAUGAUAUAGUAUUAAUAGCAGGCUUACAUGUGUUAUUCAGUGAAGACCAACAUUACGAUUUGCAUCAUAAAUUCAAAACGUGUGAUCGUUUCUCCCAAAUCAUGCCCUCAAUAUUUUCUCCCCGAUUCAAUCUUCGUUCUAUUAAUUUUGAUUGUGUCUUAUAAUAUGGUGAAUAUGGGCCUCUUCUGGUUCAAAACAUAUUUUUAAAAAUAUAGGUUCAAUAGAAGGCCCUACUUGUGUAUAAUUCAAUGAAAGACCUACAUUGCGAUUUGCAGCAUGAAUUCAAAACGUGUGAUCUUUAGUCCCCCAAUCAUGCCCUCAAUAUUUUCUCCCCAAUUCAAUCUUCCUACUAUUAAUUUCAAUGAUGUAUUUAGAAUUUGGUGAAUAUAGGUCUCUUUCUGUCUUGUAAUGAUGGUAACAUCAGGUCCAAAACUCAAUUUAUUCUUUCACGAAUCGAGAAGGCUUGCUUGUGUAAUUAAAUCUAGACCAAAAGAGCGGUAAAUUAUGCAGGGAAAGUAAGGUGGAUGAUUUUACAGAUUGUUACCAACAUUAAAGGUAUCUUUUGGGAGGGUACAGGGAAAAGAGGAAUUUUCCAUAGUCAAUAAUAAUUGUUUAUAUGUUUCUCGACAUGAGUUCGCUACAUUAGGCAUUAUGGUUUGUAUUAUUUUGUUAUGGUCUUGACCUUUGAACCUCAAGUUCGAGGAUCGAAUUCCUCUGCAGCUCACACAUCCUUUUUGCAAGGUGUUUAUCUGCAUUUGCCACUCUCCACCCAGGUGUAAUAAACAAGCACCUGGUAGGAAGAGAUUCCAUGAAUGCUCAAGAGCUUGAUUAUACAUGUAGGGAUGCCUAGCUUAAAGGCAUAUGCUAACGUUGUAGACAUGUAAUUCCAAAAUAUCAAAGAGGAGAUGAAAUAUGUACAUGAAUGCCUUUCUGUCAACCUAAAAACUCUAAAACAAAAACAAAAUCGAAAGAAAUCCUUUCAAUAUACGUUAUAAUUGAUGGUUUUGUGUAAUUUCUAUCGUGCCGAUAAUAAUAGAACACAUAAGUGUAUGGAUGAAAUUAAGAUGGUAUUUCCGGUUACUUUAUAUUUUCACUUUUUUGAAGCACUUAAAAAUGAUUUUCGGACGCGAUUUUUUCUGGGCUUCAUUUUUGUAACAUAUCACAGGUGCAGGUGACUAAUGGGACCUCGCAGCUCAGAUUUUUUAAAAGUCAAAUCAAUGUUUAUUGUUAGCAAAUACCUUUAAGGUGGUAUGCAGAAAAAUAAAAACUGCAUAUCAUUAUGAAUAUUAGCACUGGUGUCAUGUAAUAUUCAGCUGUAGUAGAUUCUUUUUCCCUGGCAUCCGUGCUACUGAAAAAAAAGAAGAAA